UAACCCCGAAUUAACACCAUAAGUAAGAAUGAAACUUCAACCGUUAGACCAUACUAAAAAUAGAUAAUUAGGGAUGUCUGACGUUGGCUUUUUUGACGAUAACCGAUAUGCCGAUAUUGUACAACUCUCAAUUUCUGAUAUCAACCGAUAACGAUACCAAUAUGUGCAACAUCACAUAUCUUUUUCUUGAGUAAAAUUGUUCUAAAGUUCUUGUGCCUUGAUUUAUGUUAUUUUUGGAAAGAUUUUUAUUUGUAGUUAAAGGGGUAUAGUUUAAUUAAUUAACUUUCAUAACUUAAUUAACUUUCAUGUUCAUAUUUUAUAUUCUUAUUUUAUUGCAAUACAACUACAAAUAUAUAUAUAUAUAUAUAUACACUACUGUGUGAGAUCCACAAAGAUCUUAUCUUAGCCAUUCUGAGAAGAACAAAUACGUUGUUUUCGGUGCCUAACUGUUUCCGAAGUAUAUCAGUGCGUGUGUUAAUGCAUAAACGAGAGGCAUUAACUUAAAUUUCUUUGUAAAAAGGCGCUCUAUGAAAGCAAAUACAUUUAUUUGUAUUCACUAACAGCGCAGCCUGGCCACAUCCAAUAUGGCGGCGAUGUCAACGUAAGGCUCAGCACUCGGUGCGGUGUCUACGUGUAUGGAUUUGACAACGGCACUUCCUGUUCCUGCUUUGCUGUACUGUUAUUGUAAAUAGCUGCUAAAUUACAUGUUUAGAGCUCACAUAGUUGUUGAUUAUUCAGCAAUAUUAGUUGGUAGUGUCUUGUCUGUUAUCUACCUAUUAAGUUGCUGUGUGAUGUUUUUAGCUCUUUCUUUAAAGACACCAUGAGUAAGAAUGAAAUGUGGAAUGGUCAACCCCCACGAUUUCCAGGGAGCUGGGAAGUUCAUGCUGGCAUGGGCCCCACCCCACUUGUAGACGUGCCAUCAGCCCAAGAGCUCUACAGAGAUAUGUCUGAAGGACUAUGGACCUGUAGGCCUCGUGUGAAGUGAUUGGAGAAGCUGAUCAUGGAUUUAAAAACUACAUCGAUGUCACUGUGGACCCUCACCAGUACACCUCCAGGAAGGACCGCUACCGUGAUGACGCCAUCUGUUCAGUGGUCCACACUGCCCUCACCCACCUGGAGAUUGAGCUGGUGCAGAAGCUCCCUCACUAGGGAACUGGACUUUCUGACCAAGAGAACACAGACAGGAUCGCGAGUUAUUAUGGAAAAGUUCAAAUGAGCGUCGACUGUCGUUGUUGUUGCAACAGUAGCGUCUGCGACGUCAUCCGCCCACACGCGCUCAGGUGAGAGCUAUACCUGCGGUGAGGGCGUGGUCCUCGCGUCGUCCUCGGGUGCACAAGUGGCGCACACACAGAGGCCGUUUGCCCGCGGAACGUCUGAGUCAGCUGAAAGAUGAACAAGUCUCCGAGUGUGUCCUCCGAGGGCUCCCUCCCUCCUCCGCCGGACGACGACGACGACGACUCCAGCUCGGCUUGUUCCGACGAGCUGCUGGGCUCUCAGUCGCGCCGCUGGCUGGCCGACCUGCUGACGGGGGAAGAUCCUGCAAGCAACUACGCAGCCAACGGGGACGUGACCCUGGGCCGCGACGGACUCUUCGUGGACUUCCACUUCCCUCUGGGGGAGCUGGAGAUGAAGACUGGGGUGAAGUGGAAAAGACCAACGGAGUUGUGCACAUCACCGCAGUUUACCGUCGAUGGAGCGUCACGCCUGGACGUCCGCCAGGGAAAGCUCAGCGACUGCUGGUUGCUCUCGGCCAUUGCAUCUCUGGCCGUGCACCCAGCUCUGCUGGAGAAGGUGGUACCUCUGGGUCAGACCUUCCAGGACGGAUACAACGGCUGCUUCGUCUUCAGGUUCUGGCAAUACGGUCAGUGGGAGGACGUCCGCAUCGAUGACCUGCUGCCCACCAGCCACAACGACCUGAUCUUCCUCAGCUCACCAGAGAAGCACGAGUUCUGGAGCUCUCUGCUGGAGAAGGCCUACGCCAAGCUGAAGGGAGGCUAUCGAGCUCUGGACAUGGGUUUCCCACAUGAGGCCAUGGUGGACAUGACCGGGGGUGUGGCCGAGGUUUUAAGUGUGGCUUUGCUGCCCAGAGACCUUCCAGCGUUCAUCAGGCAGCUGCUGGCCAAGGGAGCGCUCAUCAACUGCGCCAACACCCUGGGUCCUUUGGAAAGCAGGAAUGAGCUGGGAAUCAUGUUCAGACACGCCUACUCGCUGACGGCGGUCGAGAAGGUGCAGACCACAUAUGGACCAGUGGACCUGGUGCGCAUCCUCAACCCAUGGGGUAACACCGAGUGGGAGGGACCGUGGAGUGACCUACGCGGUCCAGAGUGGAACACAGUGAGCCCUGAGGAGCAACAGAGACUGGACCGAGUCCGACGGGAGGAUGGAGAGUUCUGGAUGUCUGUGUCAGACUUCCGUCAGAACUUUGUCACCAUGGAGGUCUGUCACCUCACUGACCUCUGCGAGCCGGCAAGCGCCAGCGUGCAGCCGUGGGCGUGUGCACUGCACCAUGGGACUUGGGUGCCACGUGUGUCGGCGGGGGGCCCUCCUCAAGGGGGUUGGUUCUGGCAGAAUCCACAGUUUGACUUUGUCCUCUCUCAAAUGGACUACGGCUCAGAUGACUCUCCAAAUUCCUGCUUUUUCAUCUUGGCUCUGAUGCAAAAGUAUCAUAGACGCAGAGGAAUCACCCUGUCCAUUGCGCUGCACAUAUACCCGGCGCCUCACAAGGACAAGCACCUGUCCCCUCAGGACCUCAGCGGCCUCCGGCCGGCGCUCUGCAGCAGCCAUUACUCCUCGCGGCGGGAGGUGGUCCUGCGAGGCACCUUGCCGCCGGGUCGCUACGUCAUCAUCCCGUCCACCGCAGAGCCCAAUCAGCAAGGUUCCUUUCUCCUGAGGGUGCUGACAGAGCGAGUCGCCGCCGCCAGCCCAGCCCAACGCUCGGUAACACGUGACCUGUCUUCAGUAAAAGCGCCUCAUUUUCCUCACCAGGCAGCUCUCCCUUCACCGAAGUCCAUGAAACUGCUCUUCAAGAAACACUGCAACAAGAGAGGAUUCUGUAAACCCCAUCACCUUCAUAGCCUGCUGACAGAGACCAUCCAGGGAGGAGUGUUGGCGGGCAGUGAGAAGUACCUGGCCCUGGAACACUGCAAGAGCUUGGUGGUCCUCAUGGAUAGCCAAGGCAUCGCGCAGCUAAACUGGCAGGGGUUCCAGAGCCUCUGGGACAAGAUCCGGAUGUGGACGGACAUCUUUAUGGUGUAUGACAAGAACAAAACUCAACAUCUGGAGUAUGAAGAGGUGGGCCCCGCCCUGAAGGCUGCAGGCAUCGUAGUGGAUGAUCUCAUCAUGCAGCUGGUCGGCCUGAGAUACACGGAGCCCGACAUGACCAUCAGCUACCCCGGCUUCCUGUACCUCGUCAUGAAGCUGGAGAGCAUGAUCCACAAAUUUCACGCGUACGACAUGGUGGGAAUGGGAAGCAUCUCGCUCAACUACAGACAGUGGCUGCACAUGACCAUUUACAACUGAGCACACUUCUGGACUAAGACGAUUCCCCAGGAUGAAUUCCAUCUGCAGUGUUUUAUUCUAAUUUUUUUACCUUUCCAAUGUCAAUGCGCAUCAUAGCCACGCUGACAGAAACAUUUGUCCAGAGUUGUUUUCUCUCUUGCGCAGACCGUGUUUGAAACAUGGCCGCUUAUUCUUCUACUCUCCCGCUUGGAAGAGGUGGUGACCUCAACCCUUGGGAAUAUUUUUGAUAAAUGACCCUCUGCUGUAUUGUGACUGUUUGGUAUGUGUAUAUAGUCGUCUGCCAGCGUCAUUCUUUAAACACUCUAAACACA